GGAUUUGAACAUUCCUUUUAAUUUGUGAUGGCAUCAGCUCCUGCCAAAGCAUCAUCAGCUCCUGAUGUUGGAUGCACAGGGGAGCUGAAACUUCUGACAACAUGAAGAAAAGGGUGCAGAAUAUGAAGAGAAAUAGGAUCUGAAGGAAGAGUCCUGGUAAAUAGGGUCUCUUGCCGUUCUGGAAAAUGCAUUUACCACCCUCCUUUACAACAAGUCCUUCGGAAGGAACAGUACACAUUUGCCUCCAGAGAUGAAUACAACUUAUCAGCUAUACAUUCCAGAACUUAACUUGAGUACGUUUGGCAACAACUUUACAGUUCCCACUGUCAAGAGCAAGUCAUCACCAUGUGAGCAGGUGGUCAUUGCAGCAGAGGUGUUUCUGGCACUUGGCAUUGUAAGCCUUCUUGAGAACAUCUUAGUCAUCUGUGCAAUAGUUAAGAAUAAGAACUUGCAUUCGCCCAUGUAUUUCUUUGUGUGCAGCUUAGCAGUAGCUGACAUGCUGGUCAGUGUGUCUAAUGCUUGGGAGACCAUAACAAUAUAUUUAAUAAACAAUAGGCAUCUAAUUAUGGAAGAUGCUUUUGUACGUCAUAUAGACAAUGUUUUUGAUUCAAUGAUCUGCAUAUCCGUGGUGGCUUCCAUGUGCAGUUUGCUUGCUAUAGCAGUAGACAGAUAUGUCACCAUCUUCUAUGCCCUACGUUAUCACAACAUCAUGACAGUGAAAAGAUCAGGGCUUAUUAUUGCAUGCAUAUGGACCUUUUGCACAGGCUGUGGCAUUAUCUUCAUUCUUUAUUAUGAAUCAACUUAUGUUAUUAUUUGUCUCAUCACAAUGUUUUUUACCAUGUUAUUCCUCAUGGUUUCUCUGUACAUACACAUGUUUCUCCUGGCUCGCACUCAUGUGAAGAGAAUAGCAGCUCUGCCUGGAUACAACUCUGUCCAUCAAAGAACCAGCAUGAAGGGAGCCAUCACUUUGACCAUGCUACUUGGCAUUUUCAUUGUUUGUUGGGCUCCAUUUUUUCUUCACCUCAUCCUGAUGAUUUCUUGCCCUCAGAACCUCUACUGUAUUUGCUUCAUGUCUCAUUUCAACAUGUACCUCAUCCUCAUCAUGUGCAACUCUGUGAUUGAUCCUUUGAUCUAUGCCUUUCGUAGCCAGGAAAUGAGGAAGACUUUUAAGGAGAUUAUUUGUUGCUACAGCUUGAGAAUGGUCUGUGGGUUACCCAGCAAAUAUUAG